AUGGACAACGCAUCCUCGGGUGUACAUACACCCGACGGCUCCACCACCGCGCCGGACCAGCCCACAGCCUCAUCACCUCCCACUUCUUCUUCUUCUUCUUCUUCUUCUUCUCCUCCUCCUCUGGCCUCGCCGCGGCCUCUGCGCCCCUCCUCCCCCGCCAGCUCUUGCGACUCCCCCCAGCAUUCUCUUACCUCUGUCGCGGUGGCUCUGUAUAAAGCAGGGUUGCAGUUUGAAAAUCAGGGCAGAUUGGCGGGUGCUAUUGGGCUGUAUAGACAGGCGAUAAAGCUUGACCCUGGCCUGGAUAGAGGCCUCAUAACAUUGCGAGAAGAAGAAGAAGAACAAUAUAAAAACAAAGAAAUAGAAAAUAUAUAUAAUAAUUAUAAUACACACCAAGACGAUACAGACGCUCAGUAUGAUGCUGAGGCAGAUGUACACGUCAAUAAAGCCAAACCAAAUGCAACACGCACAUGGGAUGCAGUUAAACUUGUUGCUGCAGCAGACGCAUCCUGCUGCUGCUCCUGCAGCAGCAGCAGCAGCAGCAGCAGCAACAGCAGCAGCAGCAGCAGGUGCAGGAGGUGCUGUGGGGACUCACUGAAGCGCGUUGACAACGAGGCGGCAGCAUCAGGAGGGGCGGCAGCAUCAUCUUCCGCAUCAUCAUCAUCAGCAGCAGCAGCAGCAGCAGCAGCAGCAGGAGAUACAGCAGCAGCAGCAGCAGCAGCAGCAGCACCAGUGAAGCCUGGCCCCAUAAUGAAUGUACCUGAGGCUGUGUUGACUCGUGUGCUUCUCUUCCUCGACGUCUACGCGCUAGCCAAGUCAGAAGCAGACAAACAGCUGGCUGUGGCGGCACUCAAAGUCGUACAGGCCCGUCUAGAGGGAAAAACAAGUGACUGCUACAAGGCGGCGUUCGCACCCAGCAGGGCCCCCGCUCUGUUGGGGGCCCCCCUACCUGAGCAGGUGGUUGUGGGUUCCUUUGUCUUCGACUCUGCUGCGAAUACUGUAACGCUAGAAUACCCAGGAAAAGCUACGCAGCCAGUUGCUUCUGCUGCUGCUGCUGCUGCUGCUUCUGCUGCUGGGGGUGCAGCAGCAGCAAACGCGAGAACAGCGCACCCAAGGAGAGGACCUACUGCUGCAGGGGGCCCCAGGGCCCCUGAGGCCCCCGGGGCCCCUGGGGCCCCUGGGGCCCUUGGGGGCCCCCCUCUAAGCAGCAGCGACCACCACGAUGCUUAUGAGCGGGAGAGGGGCCCCCUGCUGCUGCCGCCGGGGGGCGGGGGCCCCGGCCCCCUGCAUACUGCUGUGCUGCAGCUGACGCACCUCAAGGGGGGGCGGUGGAACUCGAAGCUUAAGUGGAUCAGUUUGUCGGUGACGUCGAAUACCCGUCACGGGCCUGACGAGUCCUUCAUAGACGUGGAGAACGAAAACUUCAGGCAAUCAUAUAAACCCUAA